CUCUGAUCACAGCUCAUCAGUCCACCAAGUUAACUUUGUAGCCAUGAGGACCAUGAACCAGAGCAAGCAGAAGGGGAAGGUGGCCAGAGCUAUGAAAGAGCAGAGGGCUAGGCUGUAUAUCAUCCGACGGUGCAUCGUCAUGCUCCUCUGCUGGCACGACUGAACUCCAGCCAACGUUUUUCUUCAUGGAAUCUGUCAAGGAUCCAUGGAGAGGUUACACUUAUAGCUAGGCAACUGCUAGGACUCAGGAGUAGAACUAGGAAGGCAAUCUCUUGUCCAGGCCAGGUUGCACCGAAAGCCCGGCAGGAUGAGACAUUCUAUCAUUCGUUUCAUUAGUUGUAGUUCUUUUUUCUCUUUUUCUCCACACUUUUUACCUUCUGCUAUCCAAAUAGAAGUGGGAUAUGGUGGGUCUACCAUUUUUUGUACAUGCUAUGAUUGUAGCUAUUGGUCUACUUAGAAAUGGUUUGGUGAAUUCAAGCAAAGUUUAUCAAUUUUUUCUUGAGUGAACUGGAACUCUUGCAUUUUCCCCAUAAUAUUCAAGGUUAUUCUACCAGGUGAUUUGUCAUCUGGAUAUUUUGCAGGACUAUCUUAUUUCCUUCGUGAGAUCAGGGGGUUGUUGUAAGGGACCGUUUUUUAUAUGCAGAUAUGAAGCUCUCCUGCGUGUUCAAGCAAAAAGAAGAAAAAUCAAGGGUUAUAUGUUCUGUCUUUGUGAGUGUGAUAACUAUUAUUUUUAGCUAAGAAUACAUGAAUACAUCAGCCACCUAGAAGCGACAUAUAACUAUUAUCAGUAAGUUAAUACAGACAUACAGUAGCUCUUCUAUCAUGCUGGCGCUGCCAAACACUAUUUUCCUACAAACAGCUAUAUAUAUGGUCAUAAACCCAGUAGACAAUGAAAAUGGAAGAAUAAAAAAUUACUUAGAUUUGCUUGAACCAUCAUAAAGCAGUAGGCUUUGGUAGGCUGCACAAUGUCAAUGAAUGGACAAGAAGUCCACAAAGGAACUAAUUAACUAUACGUGGCUGCCAGUACCAGAGCUAGAUUGGUUUCCCCCAAAAAGAAAUCAUUAGUCAAGUGCCUAAGCAUACUACCAGUACUUGCUAAAUGGAAUCUGUACUGGUUAUAUGUCGCUUGAGCAGAAAGGAUGGGAGCCUACCAAAGCCUAUUGCCAGUCCUUGAUUGUCCUUAUGUACCCGUGCAUGUAUGCGUCACAGCACUAACCAAUACCUAAGCAGCUAGCUUCAAGACUGAUAUUGCAGUCCCAGAUAGGACAAAGUUUGCAAUCCACCUGCUGCAGUCUGAGCAUGAGAUGGAGAGCAAAAUAUUACUCACCAGGAAU